CUUCCGGUGUCAGAAUGAACGUUGCGCGAUACAACAGAGCUAGCUAAAUGAAACGAUAAACGUUUAGCAACUUCUCCUUUCCCCGCCGUCCCAGUUUUUUUUUCUCUGAAAAAUGUUGAAAUUAAUUUAGGGGCUGCCUUAAAGUGUGAAGGAAUUUACGGAGAGGAACAGUUUUAACGCCCACGUUGUUCUUUAGGCUCUCAGAGACAGUUUGGGUUUUGUGGUUUUCUUUCGGGCCCAGGUGUCAUGGAGGGUCCGUCCUGUCGGGUAUCUGCUGGGGCAGAAGAACCCCGGCCGUCGGGCAGGAGGGACGCUGGGUCGGAGCCCACGUGGGACACGAAGACUCACUUUCGUGUGUGUCGCUUCAUAAUGGAAACAGGAGUGAAGCUCUGUAUGCGCUCAGUACCCGUGGCAACGGCCUGUGUGUUGUACCAUCGUUUCUUCCAGCGGGUCACAUCCCGUGUUUAUGAACCCUACCUGGUGGCCAUGAGCUGCUUGUACUUGGCUGGAAAAGUGGAGGAGCAACACAUCCGGACCCGGGACAUCAUCAAUGUGAGCCACAGGUACUUUAACAAAGGCAGUGCUCCUCUCGAAUGUGAUAAGGAGUUCUGGGACCUAAGGGACAGCGUGGUGCACUGUGAGCUCCUCAUCCUACGACAGCUCAACUUCCACGUCUCCUUUGAACAUCCUCACAAGUAUUUGCUCCACUACCUGCUUUCUGUGAAAUCACUGGUGAACCGGCACGCUUGGUCUCGAACCCCCGUGGCUGAGACUUCCUGGGCAUUGCUGAGAGACUGUUACCAUGGAGACAUGUGCAUCCGCCACACACCGCAACACAUUGCGGUAGCUGCACUCUACCUGGCGCUGAGCAGCUAUGGAGUGGAGCUGCCCGCUGGAGAGAAGGAGUGGUGGCAGGUGCUGUGUGAGGACGUGACCAAAGCAGACAUCAACGCUGUGAUCUCAGACCUUCUCCGGCUGUAUGACAUGGAGGCCAAGUGUAUCUGAAGGACAAAGCGGUGGACCGGAGAGCCACGUGGAAGUUCUGUUGGUGUCGGUGCGGGAAGAAGGUGAACAUCCUCUGAUCUGUGCAGUGGACGGCUGGGGUUCAGGUGCGUUUGAAUAUGUGUGCAUCCGAGGCAGAGAAGACUUUGGUUUUGCCCCAGUUACCCUGUGGAGCUGAGAAAAUCGUACCUGCAGUACCGCUGUCUGCCACUGAGGGGAGACAUGUCUCACUUUUGGGUGUCUCAACACUGCAUGAGACAGGUUUGUACUUCAGAUACCACAGUGGGAAGUCCUAGACCUCUCUGUGUAAUUAUUGGUACAUUGGUUUGUAAUAACAGAGAAUAAAUAAAAAUGUUAUGGAAUUGUGAA